AUGGUUAAUAUUGAAUCAACAUCCAAUGCCAUCUGGUGGAUUAAAAAUCCGAAUGCUGGCAAAGGAGCUGGGGGUAAAGGAGAUGGGCGCAAGGAAUCGCUUGGCUCUAGCUUUUCUCUGGAUAUGGUAGAAUUGCUGCGCAAUAUAUCCUUGCAGGGCUACAACAAACUAUUGGCGCCGGAGUUGACGUUGCUGGAGAGAUUAAUUUGGCUGGCACUGCACAUGACCACGUUCCUCGCAAUGCUGGCGGUGCUGCUUCUUACCUGGGAGCAAUUUAUCGCCCAGUACUUUGUCAUCAAUCUGAAGGAUCCACUUUAUCCCGUUGAAAAUGUGCCAUUUCCGGCUGUGUCAAUAUGCCCCAACAAUCGUCUCUCCAUGCAGUCCGUCUUCACCUAUGCCCGCGAGUUGCAAAGCAACGAUCCUGCUUUUCGUCAAGUGGAAUACUUUGCAGAGCAGCUGAAGUAUCUCAGCAAAUUGUAUGUCAUAGGUGAAGUUAAUGAUGAUGUCGAGGAGUAUCUCAAUUUUCAAGCAUUUCUUGAUCUAUUCGGCACUUGGAAUAAUGAAACUUUCUUCAAUACCCGACGCAUUAUGAAAUUGUUGUCGCCCAAAUGCGAAGAUUACAUCUUAAAGUGCAGCUUGUCCAACAUUGAUAUACCUUGCUUUAGUGCGACAGCUUUUCAGGAAAGUCUCACCAAGUAUGGACCCUGCUGCACUUUUAAUACACAAAACACUCUCAAAAACCGCGACUUUAAGAAUCGUUUUGCCAACUCAGCUCAAGGUUUGACAGUUGUGAUCAAUGCGAGUCACGCUGAUUACUUUGCUCCCAUUUUGCAUACAAAUGGUUACAUUGUCAUCGUGCAUGAUGCCAACAAUUUUCCAUCGAUUGCUUCAUCGAAUUCGCUGGAAAUGUUUCCUGGACAGCGCGAGGAGAGUUUUCUCAAGAUCUUUCCGCGUAUCAUCGACACAGACAAGAGUUUGCACUCCUUUUCGCCUACAGCACGUCGCUGCUACUUUCACAGCGAAGCGAAUAUGCCGGACAAGAAUAAAUAUGUUUACACCUUUCCCAAUUGCAUCACCCGAUGUCGUAUACGAAGCAUUGUUGCUCUGUGCAAUUGUUUGCCCUUUCAACUCCCCUUGGAACUGGUUGAUAGCUUGGAGGGACUUGUCUUCUGUACACUCACUCAUAUUUCUUGCCUUAGCCAGUAUCAAUUCAAGUGGAAUAAUGUCUUAACUGAACGUGAGCGAAUCUAUGGCUUGGAGCGUGAAAUCGAGGAGGCACUGUACUGUCCCCACUGCUUGCCCUCCUGCAAUGAUGUGCAGUAUCGCAUCUCGAUGAGUGUAUUGCCCAUUGACAACUAUCUGGCCACGGUCAAACCAGAUGAGGAUAACGAAACAGAUAUCACCUCGGAUAUUUCCGUGCUUCGAGUUUUCUUUGGCGAACCUCAUGCGCAUCUUUAUACGCGUUUGUUAAACAAUCAAUGGUUCGAGAUAUUCAGUACUAUUGGCAACAUUUUGUCCAUCUUCAUGGGCUUCUCGCUGGUGGCCAUUUUCGAGUUGUCCUUUUAUUUCUUCAAGUACAUUUACAUCGGCUGCAAUCGGAUUAUAGAACGCAAUCGAGCUAAUAAUCAUGCCAAGAUGUUUGAUGCAUCAAAGCUACACAUUUAUCCAUAGUUAAAUGCAUGU